AGACUAAAGUCAACCUCUGGACGCGAAUGGAUAUUUCGACAUGUUUUGCCUGCUAGGAAAUGUUAAACUAAUCUACAUAUUCUUUAAAUUAAGAGCAGUUGUAUUCAUUAUCGAUUACAAUAGAACCUAGAGGUAACUUUCUGACUUCUAAUGUUGGUAAACAAAUGUAAGAGUUGAAUCCCAAGAAUCGCAUCGACAUUUUAAAUGGAUGCUAAUGAGCAUUAUUGUGUCACACACACAGUAAUGUUUGAGCUAACGAUACAACGUAAUGUUAUCAAUAAUACUGAUGAAACUAAAGAGGAACAGGAGGGGUUUUCAUCUCAAGUAGACACGGACUCGGAUGACUUCUCCCAAUGUCUGCUCAGCUACCUCGAAACCUCCAAAAGCAGAGCAGCAGUUUGUGAGAAGCGCAUCCUUCAGGAACUUGAAGACAUGACUGCAUCACAUCACACUGAGCACAUGAUGCACUUUCAUAUUCAACCCCAACAGGAUACAAUGAAACUAAAGGAGCAGGUCAUUUGUGACUCAGACAACCAGCAGAACGACUCUUCCACUGACACCCGCCUCCUUCCUGCAGAGACAGAAGCUCUUUUCCCUUACGAGGUGUCAGUGUGUCCCGACAAUGAAGGAGAUUACACAGAGAUGGAGAAUCGUUUGGGGUUGGAAUACGAGGCAGAGCGAGAGAUAGAACGCUGUGAGGAGAGGAAGAAGGAGGAGCAGAAGAGACGAAUAGAAAGAGACUUCCAGAUGGAGCUGAAGAAGAUAAUGGAGGCAGAGAAGCUCCAGCAGAAGGAACUUGAGUUGAUGGAGAAGAGAGCUCAGGAAAAACUGGACCAGGAGAUGAUGCUUCAGCGGGAAGUGAUCCGAAACUUACAGAGACGAGUGGAGGACGAGAGGAGGAUGAGGGAAGAGGGGCAGAAGAGGAUAAAGGACGAGGAAGACAAGAGGACAAGAAAGGAGGAUGAGAUUAGAAGGAAGAAAGAUGAAGAAUGGCGAGAAAAGAGGGAACAGGAACAUAUGAGAAGAGAGAAAGAGGUGAGGGUUACCACAGAGGAGGAAAGGAUUAGAAAAAGAAAAGUAGAGGAUGUUCUGAUGAAGAAGAAGAAGAGGGAUAACAUAGAACUUGAAGGUGAAGAAAUAAAACCUGAGGAGAGGAAGAACAAGGAAGAAAAGGCUAGGGAUGAGGAGGCAAGGAAGAAGGAGACGUUGAAGGAAGUUGUAAGCAUAAAGGGAGGGGGGGAAAGAAAUAUGAAGGAAGACAUAAUAACAUUUGAAGAGGAUGAGAUGAGGAAAGAGGAAGGACGGCAAAGGGAGAGGAGACAGGAGGAAGAGAGGAGACAGGAGGAAGAGAGGAGACAGGAGGAAGAGAGGAGACAGGAGGAACAGGAAGAAGAGAGAAGACAGGAGGAGGAGAGGAGACAGGAGGAGAGGAGACAGGAGGAAGAGAGGAGACAGGAAGAAGAGAGGAGACAGGAGGAAGAUGAAGUGGGCUGUAAAGGGUAUGAUGUGGACAAAGGAAAGAUGGAGAGAAAAGGAGAUGAGAGAAAAAGUGUAGAAGCAGAGAAGGAGCUAAAGGAGGAAGCGGUGGGAGAAAACCAGAUAACAGCUAACCAGGAAAUAAGACUCAAAGAAAAGCAGCAGAGUGAACAGAGAGUGGUGCACCAUGGGAAAAAGGAGGAGCAAGUGGUGAAAGCAAAUGAGCUGCACGCAAAAAGCAAAAUGAGUCAACGUGAGAAAAAGAACAUGGAUGAAAGGGAAACAUCCACUUCCUGGACUUCCUCUGGUCCUUUACACAGCGAGUCUCCCAUCAGUGCUGACACCGUACCACAGCUACAUGAAGAAGGGAGCAUCGAUCAGACCUCCAUGGAUAAAGCCAGGCCUUCUACUGAGUCUGUGUUUCCCUCUGAGAGCCUCCCAGAGCUCACAGAGGAGAGGAGGCUGGACUGGAUGAAGGACUGCAUCCCCUGGUCCAAACUCUCCCUGCAGAACCGGAGGAAGCAGAGAGGGUCUGUGCGCAGAGGAAGAGGGCCGAGGGGGGUCAGCAGUCUGCCUCCAAUCUGCCCUGACUCUCUGCUGAGGGCCACAGGCUGGAAGUCCCUGCUGGAGGUGACCACAGUGACUCUGGAGGAUUUACCCGGCUGCAGCGUGUCCUCUCUCAGUCAGUGCACUCGACUCCAGUCCCUCACCCUCAGACGCUGCGGCCUCAAAUCUCUGGAGGGCCUCAACCAGCUCGCACAGCUCUGCUACAUCGAUGUGCAGGAAAAUGACAUCUCAUUUGUCGACUGUGAAAAUAUGACGAGUUUACGAGUUCUUCAACUCGGCCACAACAAGCUGACGUCCAUCCAUGGUUUGACUGGGGCGGAGAAUGUGGACGUCCUCGACCUCUCGAACAACUCCAUCACCCGCAUUGCUGGUCUGGAGUCGAUGAAGAGACUGCAGCGGUUAUCAUUGGAUCACAACCAGCUGAUCAGCACCAGAGGACUGAGGGACGUCUACACGCUGCUGCACCUGAACUGCUCUCACAACCACCUGGUGACGGUGGAGGGUCUGGAGAACAGCGCUCUGCUCUGCACGCUGGACCUGAGCGCCAACAGCCUCACUGAGCCCCCCAGCCUGAGCAACCAGGUCCUCCUGAGCGAGCUGCACCUCCAGGACAACAGCAUCUCCUCCCUGCAGAGCCUCAGCGCCGCCUGGAUGCCCCUCCUGCAGCAGCUCUCUGUGGCCCAGAACAGAGUUACCCAGCUGCCCUCCAUGUCUGGUUGUGUGUCCCUUGCAAAUCUGGAUCUUCGAUUCAACUGCCUGUCAGAGCCCCAGAACGUGUGUGAGAGUCUGGAGGGAUGUCACUUCCUGCGAGAGGUGCAGCUCACAGGGAAUCCUCUUCAGCAGGAGAGAGGCUGGAGAUCCGCUGUGCAGAAAGCGUUGCCGAGCCUGAGGUCCAUCGAUGGCCAGCAGACAGACUCCUCUCUAGCACCCCCUGCUGUUCCUCAGCUCGGCUCGGCCUCAGGCAGCUUCCUGAUGUUCUGCCAGGCUCAGCUUCAGCAGACUCAGUAUUCACAGCAGCAGCUCAGCAGGGAGCUCAGUAAUGCCUCGUCUUCCCUGGAUGCUGUGAAGUCCUCCUGCCGACACUUCACUGAGGCUCUGCAGCUGGCUGAGGACCAGAGAUAUGCCCAUGAGUACGGAGACACCACUGUGACUGCAGGCGCAACAACACCUGAGGAAACACUUGACAUGGACAGUAGCAAUACUGAAAACCACAGAGAAAUGGAAUCCACUGGACACGUCUCUCCAGUUCUUCCAAAUCGAGACCAUACCAGAUGCAGCAACUGGACUUUUGAGGAUAAGUACGCUGCAGAAAUCCAACAUAACACAUUUAACACUGUUGCAACACAUCUAAACACUGGGCCAACAGUUCGAGAAGCAAACUCGGAAAGUGUUCACCCCUCGACAACUUCCUCCAAUCUCAAAAUGGCACCUGUGUCCAACCAUGAGGAUCUGAACCUCCAAAGUAGCACAGCAGCAGUCGGGAUUCAGCAGCUGUGUGCUUACAGACAGAAAAGUGGGAACGUCAGCCGUCCCUCCACAGCAGAGGAGGGUGGAGGAAGAGGAGGAAGAGGAGGAGAGCCAGAGUCAGGACCUGCCUUUUUAAAUGGGAGCGUUGUUGCUCAGCAUUAUGCAGCAAGUGUCAUCCAGGCGUUUUGGAGGGGCUUUUCUCUGAGGAGGAGGCUCGCAUCUGCUCUGGCUGCUGUCACACGCCCCGACGCGGCAGAGGACGACACCUUUGAGGAGGUGGACGUGGAUGAAUUUGACUUCGAUGAGGCAGCGCUGGAGAAACAGUGGACAUUGUCCCUUCCUGAGGACUCUCCUCCCAGACGUUACCUUGUGUCAGACCAGCCACGGUCUCUGAAGCCUCCUGUUCACUUUCCUGAACCCUCUGAGUAUAUACUCUCACCCCCGCCUGUGUGGAGGCCGAAGCAGGCCUGGGUGCCUCCGGAACAGGCUGCUGAACAGAGAGUUUCCCCUGAGAGAAGCAAGUCUCCUGCUUCAGCGUCGGCGCUCAGCCGUCUCUCUGAAAGAUCGGAAAAGAUUAUAGAAGAAUGGGGGUUCACUCACAGCCACACAGCUCUCCAGAUGCUCAAGAGAGCUCGGAAGAUGAAGUCAACUAAACAACAGCAGAGUAAACGUAGAGAUCCCUUUGACCGCCAUUCCUCGGUCAACAAGUGCAGUUACCAGCUGGGACCAGUGGAGGCACGAAACAGGCCAACACAACACAUCAGGAAUGAAAUAAAAGUUGUCCAGGCUGAGCUGGAGCUUCAGCAGGCGGAGAAGGUGGAGCGAGUGAAGCAGCAGCGAGCUCAGCAGUGGCUUCAGACCCAGGCUGCUCGCUCUGACCGGGGCUCAGAGAGCGUGCAUUUCUUACCGGAGAUCAGCUCGGACAUUCUGAACGGAGGCAGAGUGCAGCUCGUGGCAGACCUGGGAUCCGCAGAACGUCACGCCAGCGGAUCGUGCGCCAACAACAGUUUAGCUGCCCAGCCCUGCAACGAGAACGAUUAUCCUCACAGAAACUCUUUGGGUCAUGCAAGAAAAGAAGUCCCAUCUCCUCCGAGAGUCACGUCGGCUCCGUCAAAAAAGGAGCGCAUGUCCUUCCGAGACAACCCAGUCAUGAAGAGCGGCGGCUGGGGAGGAGGCAAGAAGAGGGACAAAUUCUACAAGUAAAACACAAACUCUUCCACAGCCACUUCACCUUUUAAGAUAUGUCUUUACCCAACAUGUGAAGAACUCAGACAUAUCUAUCUGAUGUUGGUUCAUUUUCAGAUAGAUAUCUUAAGAAUGCAGGUUCUUCAAAAUAUGUGCAUUGAGUUCAGGAAAGUUUGGAUGCAAUUGUUUGCUAACAACCUGUGUUGUGGUAAUGACCCGACAUUUGAACCAAUGGAUCUCACAAGACCAUUUCUUCCUUCCGUGACGAAAACUCUCUUUAUUUUUAUUAAAAAGGAUAUUUCCCCCUGCAGCUGUUCUUUUCAAACUCAGCUGAAAACUUGAGCUCCCCGUCCCGAACAAAAAUGAAUUAAGAGCAAUAGGACCCGGACCAGCCCAAAUAUCUUCGGGCACUUUCGUUAUGUUGACUCAGCUCAAGUUUCAGCACCUGAACCAAACACAUGGAACCAAAUGGCACGCUUCAUAUGCAAAUGAUGGCAGGAAAUAAGAACCAGGAACUUUUUAUACCCGUGAAUUCAUGUUUCCUUGGAUGCUGAACGGUUGUUUCUAUGCUGAUUUACUGUCUCGACAACAAACUAAGUAAUUAGUUUGCAGCCGUGGGAAGAGACUUGCCGUUUACACAUAUUCUGCUCUUUUAAGACUAAAAUGUAACCCUUAAAUAGUUUCUGUAUCCUGGAGGACACAUUGCCCCGAUAAGGUUAUACAACAGAGAUAAUCACUCACAGAUAGACUUAUGUUUUGAAGCCUAUACUUGUGUAAAUACAGUGAAUUAUGGGUCUAAUAACAGCAAUAUGGGUGGAAGAUAGGUGUAAUAAAUGGGUGUAACACAGGUGGAACCUAGAUGUACUAUGGGUGUGAAGUUGGUGUAACAUGGGUGUGAUAUGGAUGUACAGUAACAUGGGUGUGAUAUGGAUGUACAGUAACAUGGGUGUGAUAUGGAUGUACAGUAACAUGGGUGUGAGAUGGAUGUACAGUAACAUGGGUGUGAUAUAGAUGUACAGUAACAUGGGUGUGAGAUGGAUGUACAGUAACAUGGGUGUGAGAUGGAUGUACAGUAACAUGGGUGUGAGAUGGAUGUACAGUAACAUGGGUGUGAGAUGGAUGUACAGUAACAUGGGUGUGAUAUGGAUGUACAGUAACAUGGGUGUGAUAUAGAUGUACAGUAACAUGGGUGUGAGAUGGAUGUACAGUAACAUGGGUGUGAUAUGGAUGUACAGUAACAUGGGUGUGAUAUAGAUGUACAGUAACAUGGGUGUGAGAUGGAUGUACAGUAACAUGGGUGUGAUAUAGAUGUACAGUAACAUGGGUGUGAGAUGGAUGUACAGUAACAUGGGUGUGAGAUGGAUGUACAGUAACAUGGGUGUGAGAUGGAUGUACAGUAACAUGGGUGUGAGAUGGAUGUACAGUAACAUGGGUGUGAGAUGGAUGUACAGUAACAUGGGUGUGAUAUGGAUGUACAGUAACAUGGGUGUGAGAUGGAUGUACAGUAACAUGGGUGUGAGAUGGAUGUACAGUAACAUGGGUGUGAGAUGGAUGUACAGUAACAUGGGUGUGAUAUGGAUGUACAGUAACAUGGGUGUGAGAUGGAUGUACAGUAACAUGGGUGUGAGAUGGAUGUACAGUAACAUGGGUGUGAUAUGGAUGUACAGUAACAUGGGUGUGAGAUGGAUGUACAGUAACAUGGGUGUGAGAUGGAUGUACAGUAACAUGGGUGUGAGAUGGAUGUACAGUAACAUGGGUGUGAGAUGGAUGUACAGUAACAUGGGUGUGAUAUGGAUGUACAGUAACAUGGGUGUGAGAUGGAUGUACAGUAACAUGGGUGUGAGAUGGAUGUACAGUAACAUGGGUGUGAGAUGGAUGUACAGUAACAUGGGUAUGAUAUGGGGGUGAAAAGGUUGUACAUUGGGUGUGAUAUUGGUAUAUUAUAGGUGUAACCUGGGUGUAAUGUUGGUGUUAUAUGGGUGUUAUAUGCAUGUAACAUGGGUGUAACAUGGGUGUUAUAUAGGUUCAAUAAAAAAAUGUAUACCCCAAAUGGGCAAUACAUUUUAGAAAAAAAA